ACAUCAUCAUGACAAACCUGAAAAAGAACCCUAAGCGAUUGGCAUUAAACCUCUCUUCUACAAGUCAGAAACCAGCGUCGCUAUUGAUGAACAAAGAACAUCAGUUUAAGAAUGACUUAUAUCAGAAGGGUCCCGCCUGCAUCUUACCAAACCUGUAUUUAGGCUCCUACUAUAACGCAUUAAACGUAACACAACUUAAUCAAUUGAAUAUCAACUGUAUCAUCAAUGUAGCCAGUGAAAUUCAUCUCGUCACACCCACAAAAAUCGAUUACCAUCACAUGCAUUGGACUCACCGUCAAAACAAUCUAGCUCGUGCUGAAUUUGCUCACGCCAUCUCCAAAAUACAAACCGCCCACAGUAAGAAACAGAACGUACUGAUUCAUUGUCAACAAGGAAUAGAACGCUCUGCUGCAUUGGUUGUGGCCUUCUUAUUAUGUACUAGUCGUCUUGUUGUUGUGAAAAAGAUCUCAAGUAGCGGUAGUUCUUGUUUGGCGGGACAAAACUGGUCGUUGGAUCGUGCCUUGGAUUACGUUCAGGAACGGGCGCCUGGAAUUCGACCCAAUAUGGAAUUGUUAUAUGAAUUACGAGAGUUUGAGAAACAGAUAGUACCUACAAGACACAACAUCCAGACAAGAACACGAAGAUCUGAAUCCAUCACUUGUUUAUACUUGACACCCCAUAAAUUAGCAUUUUCAGUUUUUGAGGAGAUGAGUAGUUAA